CACACCACUUUGGAAGUUUUUUCUUUUGUUUUCUUUUUGGCCAGAAAUGGUGUUUGUAUAAUUAAACAAUGCAUUUUAUAUAUUUGUAUUUCUGUAGAGAGAGAGAAAUUAAAGAGAGAUGAGUAUUUCAGAAGCUCCCUGCUUCGCUGAUUUUGAUGCAUGAGAGAGAGAGAGAGAGAGGAGUACUGCACAAGUUUCACUCCCUUGAAAAACAUAUAUUGUUACUCCAUUAGGAGUCUCCUCAGCAUCGGCUGUGCAGUUUCCAGCGGAGAAACUCAGGUGGAUUUCCUUCUUCUGCCUGGUUCUUCUCUGUUCUCUCUCCUUCCUUAUCCCUCAGUUCUUAGACUGGCCUCCGUGACGCAUUCCUGAUUUCCUUUUGUUUUUUUUUUUUUUUUUUCUCUGGGGGGUUUUUGGGUUUUUGAAAUUGAACAAGAUAAGAUCAAGUUUAUUGCUUUUUCUCCCAUGGAUCAUCUUCCUUUCGACCUGUGCAUGGUUUCUCUGUUCUAGGAGCUUAAUCUGUCUAUUUGGGGAUUUUCCUCUACUGACAAGGGGCUUCCGUUGUUGCCAAAUAGAAUAUUGAGGUGAGAAAAUGCUGAGGAAGAGGAACAGAUCAAUUCAGAAAGUUCAGCACAUGGGAGACUCCUAUUUUCAAUCUGACAUUUUAGGGCAGAAGCAUAGAACAAACUCUUUUUUCACUGUCCCUGGUCUGUUUAUAGGGUUGAAUUCGAAGGGCUCAUCAGAUUCUGAUGCAGUUAGAAGCCCUACCUCUCCUUUGGAUUUUAGAUUUUUGUCAAAUCUGGGCAACCCCUUUAGGUCCCCAAGAGUUCACCAUGAUGUGUACCAGAAGAGCUGGGAUUGCAGUAAGGUAGGCCUAAGCAUCGUAGAUUCUCUUGAUGACACUAGGACUGGGAAAGUUCUCCGAUCAUCCGACAGUAAGACGAUUCUUUUCGGACCACAAAUGAGGAUUAAGACCUCAAACUCUAAAAGCCAUUUGAAUUUUUUUGACACACCAAACUCUCUCCCUAAAAAUUAUCCAAUUUUUGCUGAUAACCAAAUGGAAACCUGCCAUAGCCCAAAGGACAAUUCUGAUGUUCUGUUCGGAAUUGGAGAAACCCCAUUAGAAGCUGACACAUUUGGAAAAAUCCGAUCUUGUUCACUGGAUUCUGGACGGUCAAUGUUGCUCCUGACCGAUUUAGCUGACCGAAAUCCCAAUUUUAGUUCUGGGAAUUUUUGCAUGGAGAGCACGAGCUCUCAGAUGAGUUCAGGUGGUCAGUCGAUGGAAAGAAGCAUGAAUGAAGAUAGGAUUUUGCAUACCAAAACGACUUCAAUCCCACUUUCUGUUGGUUCUGGGCCUUCUGGCCAUGGACUUGUUGGGUCCCUUUCAACAAGUGAGAUAGAGCUUUCUGAAGAUUACACCCGUGUAAUUUCACAUGGUCCCAACCCCAAAACAACUCAUAUAUUUGGUGACUGCAUUUUGGAAUGUCACAGUAAUGACUUAUUGAAUCUUAGCAAGAAUGAAGAAUUAGAGGAUGGAUUGCCUGGGGCCGUGAAAUGCUCGGAAAUAUCCCCUCCAUUUCCUUCAGUUGAUUUCUUAAGCUUCUGUUAUUAUUGCAAGAAGAAGCUGGAGGGAAAAGAUAUUUAUAUGUACAGAGGUGAGAAAGCAUUUUGCAGUUUGAGUUGCCGUUCGCAGGAGAUUUCAAUUGACGAGGAAAUGGAGAAAACUAUCAAUGACUCCGCGGAAAACUUCCCUAAGAAAAACUUUCCGGACGCACAUCGUGAAGCUGGCAUUUUCAUUGCUCCAUGAAGGUGCUUCAAUGGCUUACCCAUAGUCACUCUGCCCAUGCUCGAGGAAAACAUCACAGAGGUAGAUGCCAUGGAUCAUCUGUUUAUAAAGAGCUGUUUAUCUGUAUCUGUUGACAGCCAUGGAUGAUCGUAAUGUACAUUGCUCCGUUUGCCAAUUGUGUUUCAGUUUUCACCGUCGAGGAUAAUGGGUUGGCAGUGGCUAGUUUUGCCUUUUAUAAUCCUGACAUUUUUAUAUAACCUUAGGUUUAUGCAUUAUAGCUCAAUGAGAAGGGUGGCAGCUGAGUUUCCUGGCUCACCCUCUUUUCCUUUUAUUUCCCUUAUAUUAUUAUUUUGGCAGAAGCUAAUGUUUAAACCUCCGAACUCAAGUUUUGACUGGAUAUAAAUUUCUUCUAUAUGCAGCCUGUUCUAUAAUCGACUCUAUAAUAAACUCUAUGAUCUUUAAA